AUGGGGGCGGCCGGGCAGCUGCUGUGCGCGGUGGUCAUGGGCUCCCCAGGCUCGGGCAAGCACACCCUGUGCCUGCUCAUCACCAGACACUUCGCACUAAAGAAGUUCUCCAGCGGAGACCUGCUCCGAGACAACAUAAAGAGGGGCACACAAGCCGGCGUGCUGGCCUGGCCCUUCAUGAAACGGGGGGCGCUCAUCCGGGACAACAUCAUGACUCCGCUGACCCUCCAGGAGCUGGAGCACCUCGCUCCCUGCAGCUGGCUGCUCAGUGGCUUCCCCCGGAAUCUCCCACAAGCCGAAGCCCUGGAGAGAGCCUAUCAGACGCACCUGGUGCUGCACCUGAACGUGCCCUUCGAGGCCAUCAUGCAACGCCCCUCUGACCGCUGGGUCCACCCACCCAGUGGCCGCGUCUACGACGUGGUCUUCAACCCUCCCAAAGUGGUGGGCGUGGAUGAUCUCACGGGAGAGCCUCUCACGGGGGAAGCAAGAGGGUGA